AUGACGAGUUCAGCCUCGGCCGCAGACACCUGCUCUCGCUCUAGUUCUACUGAUGCUAGCUGCUCCAUGGCUUCAUCGUGGUCUUCGCAGCCUCGCAAGGCUGUGAUGCUCAAGGGCCCUUCCCUAACGUCCAAGACCUAUUUCGUGCCACUACCCGGAACCCUGGAUCAGCUUGUCGCCAAAGCUGUCCAACUCUUCCCUAUUCCACCCGGCAAGGUACCACACAUCACGCUCGGUACUGAUGAACGGGCCAUCAUCCUGCAAGAAUCGUACGACUUCAUUCGCGAUCGUGAGCUCUUACACUUUCGUUGGUCGGCGGAGACACCUCGACGCAAUCUCGCCAACCGUGUGCGAUGGGACCAAGCCGCCGCAUCCGCUUCCACCGCCCCGUUCCCCAUUACCACCACAGCAUCACCACAAGUCUCGAGUCCCGAAAGCCCGGUGCCAGCGUCAGUAGCAUCUGCCGCAGAGGCACUCAAGGCCCAAGUGCAAACGUCGCCAUCGUCCAAGCGGGACCUCACUUCCACCACUCGUGCCAACACCAUUGCCAAUCGGGAUCCCAACGCACAGUUCGGCGAAGGCGCUACAGCACGUAAGGCGCACGUCCAGCGUGUCCUGGCCGAACAGCAACGCAAGAGGGAGGAGGAGCACGUCGCUGAUGCUUUGGGAUCUGCGCCCAUCAUUGCUGAAGUUGAACCGGAUGCAGUGGUUGACAACGACCCAGAGGCGACUGAAAAGGCAGCGCUCGAGCUCGCAGCAAGCUCGACUGACACUGAGGUCACCUCUACCAGUGGUGUUCAGAAAAUUUCGGAAGAAGUUCCAGCGGCAAGCUUGCAGGAUUCCGACAUGACGAUGGAUGAAGACAUGGACAGCCGAACAGAGACUGCCAUCACCUCGCAGGUGUCCGACGAUGUCCUCUCGCCAACGGUAGUAGCUGCACCCGAGGCUGAAGCAAGUCCUGCUGCUGUCGCUAUCACUAUCGAGUCCCCUCCCCGGAAAAAGCACACCGACAACGGUGGACUCGAUACACCUCCCUCCAGCGGCAGUCGCUCCAGUUCCCCAUUCCACAGCUCUGAUCGAGCGUCCAACAGCGCUCGUGCACUCGACCAUCGCAUGCUUGCCGAGGCCGAUGAUGAGCCUUCUAGCUCACCAAUGUCUUCGCCGACGCGUGACAUCUCUUCGCGGUACAGGAACAUCGUGUCGUCAGUCCCUCCGAUGCCUCAGCUUAGCAUCGCACCGACAAUUGUACCGGCCGAGGUCAAAGAUCCUACUCAACAGGCACCCAACGCGGUCGACUCCGCAUCUGCGGUCCUAUCUGAGACAGAAAACGGGUCCAUCACGAGCGAAGUCGUGGCCGAAGUAUCGUCGAAAGAUGCCGCAUCAUCUGAGGUCAACGCUACCCUGAGCGAGUCGGCUGCCUCGAAACCAAUUAGCAACCCGGCAAACGACCGCGAACUCAACCGCAUCUACAGCUUCCUCUCCAACCUCGUCUCUCAACUCCUCUCGCACAAAGCCAACUGGGCUUUUCAACGACCUAUGAGUGUAGAGUUCGAACAAUUCUCAACUCGCAGCUCACGUCCUGUUGACCUUUUCACCAUUCGCGAUAGCCUUGCUUCUCGCAAGUACGGCAGCCAGCAUCUUGAGGGUCGCAUGGCCGCCAAUGCAGUCAUCACCGACUUCGAGGAUGAUCUCACAAUGCUGUACACCAACGCAAGGCGGUUCUUUGGCAUCCGUUCGACUCAAGCCGAGUGCGUCGAGCAUUUGGAGAAGUUCAGCCGGUCGUUCCUCAACGAAUGGAAGCGCACUCAAGGAAGCGUAGCCCAGAAAGGGGUUCCCGCACCAUCCCCGAGUGAUGCUAUGGCACGGCUAUCGGCUUUCAGAAGCCCCGAUUCGCGGUCCGAAAAGCGUCCAGGACUGCUCUCUUCGUCGCCAUCCCCCAUGCUGUUGGCGCCAGAAGCCUCCACAGCUAACGGCAGCGCUCCUGGCUCAUCGGGCAAGACCGUUGGCAUCAAUGGACAGGCUGCUCUACCGAAUGCGAUGGGCUUGAUGCGUCGACCUGACUUUACAUUCAAGCGCAACACUUCCUAUGAAAGCAGCUUACCAGCGGUCAAGCGACCGGCACAGCCCAACCGAGCGACCAGCGAGGCAUUUGAGAAGGCUCUGCGAGCUGCUACAGCCACUCCUCAGGCUGAACGAGUCAAGCCACGACAAGAGGUGGUAGCACCUUUCGCCACUCGCUCCGUCAUCGAGACUGACUUCAUGGCCCGUCCUGCGCCUCAACAACAGCCCGACGUUCCCUCGACACCAUCGAGCACAAACAAAAUCGCGCAAACUCCUACCGCAGCCGGCAACAAGCGCAAGGCUGGCGAGGCUGCUGGAACCGGUGUUGAAGAUCAGGCAGUACUUUCUCGUUCGCCAUCGCUCUCACCGCCACCUUCACCGUCACCCACCAAGCGCAACAGGCAGGUUGCGAGCGUCAAGCCGUCCAAGUCGGCUACACACCGAAGCAACAAGAAGGCAAGGCAGGUUGCUGCUGCAGCAGCAGCAGCAGCAGCAGCGGUCGCGGCUGUCAAGCCGACCGAGAAAAAACGCGGCAAGAAGGUCUCAAGUGACGCAGACGAAGAGCAGCACGUGUUGGAUUUGCUCGACGCUGAGCCUGUUUCCAAGCGGGCACACUCAACCAGAGGAUCGAGCCGCGAUGUCGACAGCCAGCGCAGCACUCCAGAGGCCGAAGGCAACAGCAGUAAGGGCAAAAAAAGCAAGACCGCUCCCGCUCGAACGUGUGAGACUACGUUGAAUCUUCCUCUCAUUCCCGCGACGCCAAGCGCUCGUUUGCUGCGUCCUCGACGAACCAGUAUUUCGAACAAUGAGCCUCUAGCUCUUGUGUCGCCGCCGAAGACCCCGCCGCGAAGUGCAAAGAAAGCCAACGCCAGGUCAGCAGUGUCAGAAGCAUUGACGAUGGACGACAAUGACUUUGGGGUGCAGUCAAUGGACAUCGACGGGUUCGAAGUGACAGGGUCGAGGAGGAAGUCUUCUCGUCAGAGGAAGCAUGUGAAUCUUGAUUGA